UGACCUUUCUUCAAUGCUCAUCUUGUCUCUCUCUAUUUAUCCAUCCACUUCUCUAACCUUCUCACUCAAAGCACAACCACAUUAGUAGUACCCCUGUUAUGUUCUUCCAUUUUACAACCUGGAUAUCUCUGAAGGAUCUGAUCAAAGUGCCGAAAGAGAAGCCGAAAUGGGCCGGUCACCGUGUUGCGAAAAGAUUGGCUUGAAGAAAGGGCCUUGGACGCCGGAGGAGGACCAGAAACUCUUGGCUUACAUUGAAGAACACGGCCAUGGAAGUUGGCGUGCAUUGCCUACCAAAGCCGGACUACAAAGAUGUGGAAAAAGCUGCAGAUUAAGAUGGACUAACUACUUGAGACCUGAUAUAAAGAGAGGCAAAUUCAGUUUGCAAGAAGAACAAACCAUUAUCCAACUCCAUGCAUUACUCGGCAACAGAUGGUCGGCAAUUGCAACACACUUGCCAAAGAGAACUGAUAAUGAGAUCAAGAACUAUUGGAACACACACUUGAAGAAAAGACUAGCAAAGAUGGGGAUUGAUCCAGUGACUCACAAGCCCAAAAAUGAAACACUUGGUUGCCAAACAAAGAAUGCGGCUAACCUUAGCCACAUGGCUCAGUGGGAGAGUGCUCGGCUUGAAGCCGAAGCUAGACUUGUUAGAGAGUCAACGCUUAGGCAAUCAUCAACUUCAUCAUCAUGCACCACCAACCCAACCAAGUCAACGCCUCCUCCUCCUCCUCCUCCGCCGCCUCCGCCACCUUGUCUCGACGUCUUCAAAGCAUGGCAAAGCGUAUCAUCAUCCACCGGCGUUGACCUUGAGUCCCCAACGUCAACGCUAAGCUUCUCCACCACCGGCCACCCAAUUCCCACCACCACCAUCAUGACACAAACCCAGCUCUGCCCCGUUGACCAAGAAGUUGACUGGAAAUGCUUUGGAAAGUCAACGUGGCUUAAUCCCGGAACUGAAACUGAAAAUGAAAAUGGACAUGGGUUUUGUGGCAUGUUAUUAGAUAACUCAUCUGAGAACUUAGAAGCUCAAGGAAGCUGUGUUGAAGAAGAACAAGAGAACCACAACAACAACAACAACAACAACAACAACAACAUCAACAACAAUAGUAACAGUAACUACUGGGACAGCAUCCUUGACUUAGUCAACUCAUCAUCUCCUUCAAACUCGCCUUCAGUCUUCUAGUUCUAGCACCGAGUCAACUCCAUCACAGAUAGAUAGUUUUGUCCUCAUAGUAACCGUCCUUGUUGUCAUGCUUGUGGUUAUCAAUAAUGCGAACCCAAUUCAAUGUGCAUGUAUUUUAUUAUUAUUAUUCAAUAAUUAUAAUAAUAGCAAUAAUAAAUAUGAUAA